GUUGUUUGGCUAAAGAUGGCGUUAGCGGCUAACACAGGCGAUUGCAUUUUGUUUCACCAAAAUUAUUCGGCCAGUGGUAACAAAACAUUGAUAAAAUAGAGGUUUAAUUCGUCAUUUGGUGUGUAAAAAUACGUUACACUGAGUAAAUACACGUCCAUUACGUAGAAUAACGCUUGUUCGGCCUUCUCACGAUGUAGGCCUGUUUCUUUAGGGAGUGGACCGAAGCGGUUGGAACUCCAUCUCCCGGCAGCGACUGCGGCGUCAGGUGGUACAACUUUCAUUUCUCAUGCUGGUAUCUGUAGUUUCCUGAUUGCACCAAACUCUUAUUUUUGCGGAAACUUUCGAGAAAAUCAGUGAAGCUAAUGAGAGCACGUUUUCACCGGUUUAAGUACUUCCAUUUUAAAUCAAAGGACAUGUUAUUUAAUUUCUCAGUAUUUCACUGGAAGCGUCUAGCGAUGCUUCACGACUUCUCUGAUAUCUUUCUAAGCUGAGAAGAGGAAAACUAAGUAAACUUGUUGCCUGCCAGUCAGAGGGAUCAUGGCUGCAUCACCUGUACAAGGUGACUGGAAACACUCAAAGGUGCCCUCCAAAGAAGGGCACCCAUCCUCACCAGAGUCGUCUUUGACCUGGUGCCUGGCUCACCUCUCCAAACCUGGAUCAGGAGGUGAACCUCAGGGCCAGGGCCAGGCAGACUCAGGCGGUGGCAAAGAAAUGGACAAGAGGUCCAGAGUCUCUCAGUGGCGAGCUCUAGUUGCAAUCCGGACACAGCACAUUAAGGGUGACAAGGCUGGCAUUGCCCGAUUCAGAAGUCAAGGUGGUCUGCGGCCCCUUUUGGACCUACUCAAACACCCAGAGUGCUCCAGGAAAACUCUGGACCUGGCUCUGAGCAUUCUGGCCAACUGCUGCACGGAGCUGGAGACGCGUAUAGAGGUUCGUAAACUCGAUGGAAUAAAUGUUGUAGUGGACAUCCUGAAGAGAAAUGUGGCACUGGAAACCGUCCAGAACCGAGCAGCCCGGGCUUUGGGAAACUUGGCCAUGGAUCCAGAGAGUUCUGCACUAAUCCACUCUGCUGGCGGUGUUCCUCUCCUCCUCCUCUGUGUGUCGCUGUCCUCUGCCCCGUCCUCCCCCACAGCUGCUCCACCCAAAGACCCCUGUCCCAAGCUGGAGUGCGCUCAGUCAGCUGCUCGGGCCCUUCUCUACCUCUCAGAUACGCCCUCUAACCGCCUGUCAUUGCUCACCCAAGGGACCUUAUCUGCCCUCGCCCCUCUCAUCGCUCCAGAGUACCCCCAGGCACUGAGGCGGGCAGCACUCAGGACCCUCCAUGAGCUGACCCGGAGCUGUGGUGUUGAAUGUGCCAGAGAGGUGUCCCGCUCUGGAGUCCUCGCUCAGCUCGGUGUUAUGGCAUCUGGGGAGUCUGGAAAACUUUUUGAAGAGGUGGCACUGAAAACCCUUGCCAACAUGUGCUCCCAAGGCUGCCUGCGGCCUCUCGUGGGGUCACUGGGGGUCAUUCAAAAGUUCACUGAGGAGGUUAAGAGAGACCCUCUGAAGUCGGGAGUCUUCCUCAAGGCUCUGUGCUUGUGCUGCAAAGAGGCGGUGAACCGGGCCAAGGUGAAGGAGAGUGGCGGACUGGAGGUGCUGGUUGGCUUUUUGUCUGCUCACCACAGUCAUCCACUCUCCAGGCUCGCUAUUCUGGCUUGUGUAGACUUUGUCUUUGAUGAGUCGGCUAUGGAGCAGCUGCAGGAUUUGGGGCUGGUCCCUCUUCUUGUCGCCAGACUAGUCGAGCUCACUAGAGGGGAGGAGCAGUCAGCCGAGAAGAUGGACGUGAGCCUCUCUACCAGCAUGUCUCCCACUGAGCUGCUGCCCUCCUCAUGUUUUGAUUCCUUUGACUUUCCUCCGCCGGAUGGAUACAAGAAGGAGGAAGCUGGUAGAGAGCAAGGUCUAUGUUCAUCGAGUUUUUUGAGUCUCAGGUCGUGGUUGGUGUCUGAGGGUUUGAUAUCUUCUGAGGGAGAACUGCUGGAUUCCUCUAAUGUUGACGGGGAAUGGGGGAGUCUUCAGAUCCCCCCAUCGUCGCCUCAAACCUCUUCUCCAAACCCAUAUUCCAGUUCCUCUCUUAAAAACUCUUCUUCGUCCAACCCUCUGCAGCCCUCUGCUUCUAAAAAAGCAGCUCAGCCUUCCCCUGUGCCCUCUUCAUUGUCAUUAAAAGUCACAGAUUCACCUCCCUCCUCUGCACUCACACCCCAAACCCAGCCUAGUUCCUCCACCAUCUCCUCUCCCACUAAAUCAAGCCAAGCACUCGUCUCUCCAUCAAAGUUCUCGUCGCCACACAAAAGAAGACAGCGGGUUAAUUCAGCAGCUUGUUUGUCUAAAGUCACUCUUGACACUCCUCCCUCUGCGCCGCGCCCAAUGGCCUACCACCACCCGUACCACCCCGAACCCUGGACGCCCGAAUCUCCCAUCCUGCUGCUGCUGUCGCGCUUCUCCCACGUCACCGACCCAAGCGCCGCUCUGAUCAGCUCAGGCGUGAUAUCCGGCCUGCUCUACUACCUCACCCAGCACCAGGACCCCAGCAGCAGGUGCUUCCGUAUGCUUUGCCGGCUGAGCUGCAACCCAAACUGUUUACAGGCACUGGUUCGAACCGGUUCUGUGGCGCUGAUUCGCCACCAUCUCUGCCAGAGAGUAGGAGGGUGUGAAGGAGAGGAGAGGCAGACGGACCGAGUGAAAGCCAAAGUUAAACAGCUCGGUGUUGCUCUUCUGAGCAAUCUGCGGGUCCAGUGUGAGUCUGGAUUUGGCUCCGGAGUUCUUGCACAUGUGAUGCUGUCGGGCACCGAGUCCGACAAGAUGAACUGUGCACUCUCUCUGCCAUUAAUCAGCAGUAACAAGUCCCUGUUGAAGAAACUCCUCCUGGACAAUGGUGGUCUGCUCUUGGCUCUGCAGCCGCUCGGCUGCGAUGAUGAUGAUGCAGAUGAAGACCACCCUGCUGAAUGUGGACGACUGCUUUCUGACUUGUUUAAUUCAGGUUUGACCUUUCAGCUCCACUCACUGUACUUCUCUCUCCUGGUUGGAUGCCUGUCAACUGUGACAGGCACUAUUAAAACUGAUAUAAAACAUGCAAAUCCACUGACAACACAGUCAGUCAGUAAAACUGGCGGAGUUUCACCCCCUCCUAUGAAAAAGCCUCGCCUUGCCGACACAUGUCCCUAUGGUGACUCGAAUUUUGACGUGCUCCUGCUGCUGGACGACGGGACCCGGGUCCCAGCCAACAGGGAGGCCGUGGCCGGGGUGGAGGGCUCAGACAGGGUCGGCUCUGAAUACUUUAGGGCUCUGUUGCGAGGCGGAUUUGGAGAAGCUCAGGGUAAUACAGAAGAAGCCAUCCACAUUAAAGAUGUCAGCACAGGGAUGCUGCUACCAGUGCUGCAUUAUCUGCAUGGAUGUUGCCUCACAAAGACAACAAAGGAAGGUGAUGACGAAGAGAGGAGAGGACAGUGUCAUAUUUUGGACACACUGGUCCGCGGUGGACUGAAUAUCUGCCAAAAGGAGAAAGAGGAACACUCAACAGAGGACCUGGCCUUCCAGAAAACACCUUUAGGUGAGACGAUGAUUGGAGCUUGCAGAUUUUUGGUUGGUGAGCUACAGAGAGAGUUAGAGGAUCUCUGUGUGUCGCUUCUCCUGUCCUGCUCCACAAAGGCUGCUCCCUCAGCCCUCUCAGAGGACAGCGCUGAAAAGGCUGCAUCUAAAAUGGACCAAGAAGCGAGAGAGUCUGCUGAGGAGAACCUGGCUAGUCGAACAUCCGAGCUAGAGCUGACCGGAACUGAGAUGCAAACAGAAAAUGUGUCUAAGCAGACAAAGAAACUGAACAGUUCUUUAAAUCAAACAGACAGUAAGAAAUCUUCUUUGGAUUGUGCAGGACAAAAAGUCAACAGAGGACUCAGUACAACUUCAGAUAAGAACACAAUCAAAGCUUCUAAAUCAGAUGGCAAAUCACUGGAUCCAGAAAAGUUGACAUUAAGACCAAAGAACUUGAUUAAAGGUUCGGCACAGAUUGUAAAAUCAGCAGCUCAGGGCUCUCGUUCUUCCUCUGAAACCGUUGCUGGAGGUGGGGCUCUGGCUGCUCUGCUCCCACAGGUGUACUGGUUUUCCCAGCGGUACAGUUAUCCAGCGCUGGGUCGGGCUUGCCUGUCUUUGCUGCUGGGCUGUCAGGACUGUCCUCGGCCCUUCUUGACCUCCUCCAUUGCUGGGGACUGCCUUCGCAGACUGGCCAGAGAGGCUGACUGUACAGAGACUCUGAAACAGGACCUGCUGAGUCUGGCCUCAGUAGCUCUAAGCUGAACAAGAAGGGAAAUAUUGAGUUUACUGAUAAGUAGCAUAAAUUCAGAGGCCACAGAAUAAGUUAGAGUCGACUUUAUAAGCUUCUGAAGUUGCCAUUGUCUUAUUUUUAUCAAGUAUCGGCUACAACAGUAGCACGAACACAUGAAAACAUGCUGUAUGAACUUCUUCGGCACUAUUGGCAGUGACUGGUGAUUAAUUUUCCUAAUUUUGAAGCAAACAUUUCUAUUUAGUUUCGAUGUAAUUGUAGCCCAUCCCAGCAUGACAUACUUCUGUUAUAAUCUACUGUCGAUGCAUUAAUUUCUAACAGCAUUUGUAUUGUGAUUUUUAUUUUUUUUUAUUUUGGAAACGUUUAAGCAAAUGCUCUACAAAGUGUCAUGUAGCUGGAAUAAUCAGGGUUGGUCUCGACGCCAGUUGUUUAUUUUGUACAUAGAGAUGAUAUGAAAUAGCAGAUAUACAGUGUAUAAGUUUCAGCGGAUCCAUAUGCCACUGAAUAUAUUGUUGGAACAUCA